AUGGCCUUGGGAUGGCUUCCCCUGGAACCCACCUCACCAGGAUCAAAACGCUACAUUGCAGCCCUCUUCGCUUAUCGCAGCAGCAAUAACAGCUACUGCAGGAGGUGUAGCAGCAGGAUUCGAUGGUGGCGCACUAUCAGCAAACCUAUCAAACCUAUCAGCCAAUCUCACCAACAUGCUUCCAACGACGCCUCCACAACCGGCAGUGUUGAUCAACUUUUGGUGGUUUUUAUGGUUUAUUAUGGGUUCUACAACGCCAUUGGACUACUGCUGAUUACCAAGAUCUUUAACAUCUAUUCACUCAACUGGUGGCCCAAGGCCCUCGGUGGUCUCACAUCCUACUUCAUUUUCUGGCUCUCAACACAACUCAUGGGGAUCUUGGUCUAUUACUUUACUGGACUAGAAAGCUAUCGUCUUACCUGGGUCUUCCUCACUUUCUGCACCAUGACUAUGCCACUCCUUAUUGCGUUCCUAGUCAUCCGUUCUGAAAACCGAAAUGUAUAUCGACAUUCGCUCACAAUGGCUCAAAAGACAUUUCUCUCAGCUUCGUCGAUCGAAUCUCGGAUUCCAGCUUCUUAUAUCCGCUUCCUAUGGUUUUGUGUCGCCCUCGCUAUUGCGCUCAGCACCAUUGUCACAGGAGAGAUGUAUGCAGAUCAGUUUCAGGCACCACGGACGACUCCGCAUACGACAAUUGAGGACUGGUGUAUGUGUAUUCGUGGGACGUAUGAGGAGUACAAACGACAGGUCGGACGUGGAUUGUUCUUGAGAAACUUGGCAGAGAAUGUGACAAUGUUGGCGUUCUUGUUAUGGAAGGUGGAUGGGACACCAUGUCACAAAGGAGGCCCUCAAGAUUUCAAAGAAUACCCUGAGCUGAUUGUUGUCUUCAUCUUGGUCAUGAUUCAUAUCCUACAGGACAUGUUGCUCUCUUUACUGGAUCUCAACUUUGCAUAG